UCCAAGGAAUUUAUUGAGACAGAAUCUUCAUCUUCAACUUCAUCUGACACAGAGUCCCAGUCCGAACAAGAGGAAUGUCCUUCACACAAACUACAGACCGUAGCCUCAGCAUCAGCUGGAAGUGACCAGAAACAAAAGAAUUCAAGCAAUAAUAAUGGUCACAAAAAACCCAAUAAUUGUGGUGCCUUUGGUUCCAUCAACACCAGAACUAGCAAUGAUAUAGCGAAAGAGCUGGAAGAACAGUUCUACACACUGGUUCCUUUUGGCAGGAAUGAGCUUUUGUCUCCUCUAAAAGAUACUGAUGAUGUCAAAGCACUUUGGGUCAAAAUUGAUUUGACUCUGCUCUCCAGAAUCCCACGGCAAUUACCUGAGGAGCCACUGAUCAUGAACACAGGAGUUAAAGAAGCCAUUCUAAUGCAAUAUAACAUUGCUGCUGACCUGCCAGCAGAAAAAGUGAUUCCUAAAUCCAGAAGAAAACGAAAGUUUUUGGCAUUCCUGCAGAUGCCACUACUUCAACUGAAUUCACAGUUAAAGAUCAGUAUGAAAAUGAGGAAAAACAGAGAGACUAAGAAGAUUCACACUGAACAAGAAUGUUCCUCCAAUUUACUUCCUUCGACCCAAGUUAUUUCUUCACCAAAUCAUUACAAAACCAUUAAAAAAAGUUUGGCAACACCAAUAGAUAAAAAUGAGAAUAUGCUUCAGUCACCUAGUUCUCCCUUCUCUGAUGCAUCAAAGUAUAAAUUCUGUAAUGAUGAUUUAACUUCUAGCAAAACAAAUGGCAGCAACCCUUCGUCUUCCACAUCCUCAAGUAGAAAGCACAAGAAUGAGAUUAGAACUUAUCUAUAUCCUGGAGAUUUCAGUAAAGCCAUGUAUAUCAGUUCAGAAAAUACUCUGUUCUGCAACAGGACACAGUGCCAAAAAGAAUCAUGGUCAUCUAUACUGACUGUGCCCAAAAUCUGUAGGAAAUCAAAACUUAUAGUUAAUAAUGGAUUGCACAAUUUAGAUUAUUUUAUGCAGGAAGCUAAAAGAAAAAAGCAUAAAGCAGAUGCAAUGGUGGAAAAAUUUGGCAAGGCACUAAAUUAUGCUGAAGCUGCAUUAUCAUUUAUUGAGUGUGGAAAUGCCAUGGAGCAAGGACCCCUGGAAUCAAAGUCCCCAUACACAAUGUACGCAGAAACUGUGGAGCUUAUCAGAUAUGCUGUGAGACUAAAAACCCACUCAAGUCCCAGUAUGACAUCAGAAGAAAAACAACUAACAGCAUUAUGUUACCGCUGUUUGGCACUUUUGUACUGGAGAAUGUUUCAGCUCAAAAGAGACCAUGCUGUAAAAUAUUCAAAAGCUCUCAUUGAGUAUUUCAAGAAUUCAUCUAAAGUUACUCAGGCACCAUCUACUUGGAGUGGUAGUGUGAAGUGUACAGGAACUCUUUCUCCCAUAUCACCCAGUUUGUCUCCGCUGAGCUCAGUUGGGAGCACUGGAGCUCCUUCCCCUUCCUCUAUCAUCAGCAUUCCUCAGAGAAUACACCAGAUGGCAGCCAACCAUGUUAGUAUCACCAACAGCAUCUUACACAGUUAUGACUACUGGGACAUGGCUGACAAUCUUGGCAAGGAAAACCAAGAUUUCUUUAAUGAUUUGGAUGCACUGAUGGGAGCUAUCACAUUGCACAGCUCUAUGGAGCAUCUGGUUCAGUAUACACAUCAAGGCCUUGACUGGAUAAGGUGUAGUGCUCAGUUAUCCCCAUGAUGGUUCUUCUCGUCUGGACACUAAGCUCACAAUACAGAUAAUUAGUUAUUCUAGACACUGUGCUACAGAAAUACUCAACUGCAGCAUUGCUUCAAACACAAUGUGAAUAUUUUGUUAACAUUGGACAAUAUUGUUUCAGAAAGCAAAAAGGGUCUGGGUAUUAUGCAAAUUUGUCUUUUCCAGGCCAUUGUUCUUUUAAUUAUCUCCAAAUAUCACUUCCUCAGCAAGAAAAUUAAGCAUAGCUACAUUAGAAAAACUCUCACACAUACAAUAUACACAUUCCUUCAAUAUUUAGAAAACCAAAGCUUAAUUUUAUGAAUUGAUUUAUUCAAAUGUAGUACCUGUUGUUAGCAAUCUCUUAGAGCAAUUUUUCCUCCAUAUUUAUAGAUCUCUAUGUCACUUUUAUAAAGAGAGACUUAAUGAAUGAUUAAGGACAGCUUCAGUGACAAAUUCUGAGUAAAAUAAAAUGUAAAGUACACGUUACAUUUUCAAAGGAACUUGUGGCCAUUGACUUUGCCAGGCAAUACCUGGAUGCCAGUUUGCUUGCAAACUUGACUCACCUUCUUCCUAUUGCAUUAUGUAGUAACCUUGAAAUUGGGAGCAUUAGCAGUUUUGGAGUUCUAGUGUUCAAAUAUGCAUUUUUUAUAGAUUUGUUUGACAUACGAUAUCAGAAAAAUGCAACAUUGAAAUACUAAAUAUGUCUGAAACAAUUAUCCUUGUUAGUGAAACAGUAUGUAGAGCAUCAGUCUUCCAGAUUAAAAUUCUGUGGCACCAUUGGCAGCCUGAUCAAACUACAAGCCCCCCCCCCCUCCAUCAUACUUGUGAGUUCUUCAUGAUGGACCCAAAUGCACAGAGAAGAACUGCGACCUUUUGUGCUCUUAAACAGUUCAGCUCUUAAAAAUGUUCAGUAUUUGUUCUUCAAAUCUUGUUUUUUAUAAAGCCAGAUUUACACUUUUGCAAAUAGUUUUAUAAGCAAAAAACGUAUUUUUAAAGAGUAAAGAAGGGUGGAGUGAAUACAUAUAUCAGAACAAAACUUUGUGAAAGUGUUAAUUUUUAUGUGGAAAGAGCAUUUCAAGGCCAGCUGUAGCUGAUUCCAUCCAAUUUCAAAGCAAAGGAGCAUUUUAAUAUACAGUUUAAAAUAACAGCUUACUUGUAAUAUGUUUCCCUUUUAUUGUAUCUAUUGUAUUACAUUCAGUUCUUCUAUCUUUGCAGAAAACUGCUUUACUAUCAUGCUCUUUGAUGCAUCAAGAAGGGCUCCAUUAGACUGGUUCAUCUGAGGCACCCGAUGGAUCCACUUGGUUUCCAGAAAGUGCUGGAGAAUUCUCUGAAUCUUUGGUGGACAGGUCAUUCAAGCUUUGGUCCCUUCCUGGAAUGAGCGUAGAUUGCACCGGAAAGCCACUUGGUAUACACUAGGGGUGGUAUACACUUACCUUUCCUACCGAUUAGCAAAUGUGAGCGCAUGUACCACCUCUGCUCGUGUGCAGAUCCUUUUGCACAUGCACUUUUGGUGAAAAAAGGGCCUAAAUGGGAUCCCAUAGAGCCAAACACAGGUGGGCGGAGCUACCCGCAAUUUUCGCUACUGGUUAGGGCGACCCGGUCCGAAUCAGUAGAAUACCACCUCUGGUACACACUGAUCUAGGUGAGCUUCUUGGUUUUCUGAGGUACUCUGAAAAAUAAAGCAUUAAAAGAGACACCUAGAGCCCCACUGGAGAAAAACAAAGAAUAGAUCCAAUCAAACACUUUUAAAAGCCUAUGUUAGAAUUUAGGUCAUGCACUAAGGGUGGCAAAAUGUAAUUAUUUUCUGCACAAUGCAUCUGCAGAAUGUAGUUUAGCAGUCUUUUGUAGAAUGAUUAUGUAAUUUUCUAUUAAGUGAAAGAAAGGCAUUCAGAAUAUUUCUGGGACGGUCCUUCUUUUGUUUUCUAGUAAGUAAUCAGUAAAAUUUUACAAAUUUAGCUCACUCUGUGACGUAGCUGUACAAUUUUGUCACCUUGCCAUAAGUGCAAUGUUCGUAUAGCUGUGCUAGUCCAGUAGAAUGGCAUUCCUACUAAGGUUUGAAUGGUUUAGAACCCCAUUGGGCUUCUGUAAUCUGUGAAAAUUCAGCUUUUCAGAAUUCACUGGUAGUCUUUCCUGAUUGUUUAAUCCUGUAGAAUUGGUUAUUUUCCCUGACAUAUGAUCAGGCAGCCUUAUGAUCUGUUUUGUUACUUUAUUGCUGUUUUAUGGUUCUUUUAACCUUAGCAUUAUAAAGCCAUUUUCUGUGAUUGAAGGGAUCAAAGGUAUAUAAUUCAGGAUCCUCUGUUAAAAGAGGCUCAUAGCAGAUUUCUACGCUGGGUUCCUAAAAUGCCAAGUUCUGGAAUAAUUGAGUAAAUUAAGUGCUCAUUAUUGGAAACUAUAGAAAGAAUUGCCAUUAAUUUAUAUAACUAGUGUAAUAUCAUAUCUUAGAUUAUAGAUAAGUUAUGUUUAAAAAGAAUAAACUCAAGACUAUAAUUAGGCAAAUAAAAAUUUUAAAUUAUAGAAAAUUACUGCAUAUUAUUCGCCCAUUCUUGAUUUAAGAACUAAUAGAAGGGAAGAUGUAGAUUUGCAAACAGAAAAAUAAUAAUUUAUAGAGCUACUUCCAACAGAAUUAUCAAUAACAAGGAUUGAAAAGAACCUUAGAAGUCAUCUAGCCCAAACUUCUAUCCACUGUAGGAAGUGCAUUAUUAUAGCAUCCCAAGCCGAUGAUGUUGCAGCUUCCAAUUAAACAUUGUCAGCACAUUUAACUGUGAUGGUGAAGGAAAAGUGAGGAUAAUUGAUGUAGCCACACUGGAGGAUAGUAGAUUAGAACACAAAGAACUGAAGAAGAUAUGAAAAUAAAAUUGAAAGAUUAUGGCAUAAAUUGGCUAAGAUGGUCCAAGUGGUAAUCGGCACACUGUGAUCAAAUCAAAUCAAAUCAAAAUAGCUUGGAUGGCAUGUACAAAAUUUGCUUAUUGACAGAAUUUCCCUCUAUCAGUUGCACAAGGCCACACUCCUUGGUCCCACACUGAUAUUAUGCCGAUAAAAUAUAACAUUCUAUAUUCUUGGGAUGAACUCAACGUGUACAAAGGCUAACACUCGCUAAAGAAUUAGUAGUUGUGAUAUGACAUUACUAUGCAUAUAGUAAUCAGAUAAUAUCUGCCUAUCCCAGGUCCUUGGGAAGAACUUGAUAGGUGGAUAAAAUGCUAAAUGCAGUCUAAGCAUAUGUUGACUAUGCAAUCAUUUUAUAAUUCAAACCAACAAUAUAAUAACUCAUAUAAGUAACGUCUAAGUAAAAUUGAUGAACAAUAAUUUUCUUUCUAAAUAGUUUGAUCUUUAAAAAAUUCUAGAAGAUUGUCACAGAAGAGAUUAAGUUAAUUUUUGAGGGAGACUGUUCCCUUGUUCCAUGAUAGAGGAGCAAUACUUUCUGGCCUCAGCCCCCAUCACCCAAGAAAUUAAGGUAUUAUGAGUAAAAAAAUCCUAGGACAGCCUGCUCAGACAAAUCAAAUUCAACUGGUUUAGUUUAUUUAAUAGUAUGGUGAUAGACCAAAUACAUGAAAUUAUAAAAAGAAGAAAAAACCCACAGAUAUUCAUUGAAAGCCAAUUUGUGCCUCAACUAAGCACAAUUAAGUCCAGAAAUGUCGGAUCAGAUUUCUGGAAGAACAAUUAAGUCCAGAAAUGUCUGACUGUCAUGAUAGUACAAAACUUAGCUACAAUUCUAGGGAUUCCCAGUUGGAUUGUUUAGUAGGUAAUGCACAAUUGCCAUAUGAGAAUGGGUAGUUUGUAAUGAGAAAGGAGGUAAGCACUGCCUCCUCUAGGAUUAUAGACAGAGCAGUUCAGAAUUACAUGCACUACUGUUUCAAUUGCAGAGUCUGAGUAGAUACACAUAUUCUAUGGAAUGAAUGAAUACUGCUGAAGCCACCCCUGAGGCAAAACAUCCAGACUUAUCAGUAUGAAGGCCAUCAUUUGAGCCAAGGCUAUUAAAUUAUAUUUGUAGUCUGCUGCAAACUAUCCACUAUCUCAACAACUUUGAUAAAAUUCAUGUUAUAACUUUAUAUUUUUACCCUAUGAAUCUUAGUCCGUUUUUAGCACACACUUUCUCUUAAUUAGAAAGCAGACUGAGUCAUGGUUCUUUUGGUGCCAGCAUGGUUAUGGAAAACAGAAACAACAGUUAGUUUUCUUCUAAGGCUUUGCCCAACCUUGUUCACAUCCAAGCAGCUUAAAAGUACAUUCCUUCUGUAUGGCAUUACAGUGGCAUGUUUUUAUUGUUUACAUUGAACAACGUAAUAAACUAAAAUAUGUUGUACAGUAAUUUAUGCUGUAAACUAUAUGUGUGUGUAUGUACAUUGAAAACAUUUUCCUCCCAGUCCGCAAAGGUGCUCCAGAAAGUAACAGCAAUAUUUCUUGUAUGACGUGGACCACUCUCUUGCUUUAUUUUCCAAAAGUUGGGGAGAUAAUUCUGGGUACCUGAAAUUAAUUUGAAUAAUAUGUAUAUGUAUACACACACACACACA